GUUGCUAGACAAGCUAACAAAAAGCCAAAAGGGCCCAAAUUCCACGCUCCAACAGAAUACCCCGCAAGCUUCCUAAAAGUCCAUAUCAUGAAAACCGACGAAAUGACCCUUGGAAUGGCGAUUGCCUCCACGUGCCCAGCUUGUGCUCCAAGCCAUUUCAUUCAUAGUAAAUGCUUAACUACGUGGCCCUAUCCAGUCCGUCCACCUAACAUCCCAUGCACCACACUCGAAUAAUCCUGUGCUUCUGAUGGAUAUCCUGCCACUUACUGCACAACGACCGGAAUACACCAAAGCAUAUUCUCCGCCUCUACUUCCACUCUUCAGUUCAGCCUUUAAUCAUCUUCCAUUUCAUUUCAGACCAUAUUACCCCUCCCAAAAUGUCCGGUUUUGGUAGAAUGAAACGAGUCACCGAUCCUCUCCACGAUAAAGUCAAGGCUAGAAUCGUCCCUGACUGUUUCAGCAGCGGCGGAAGUGAUCACAGCGCUGAUGCCGCCGCCGCCUACGACGAAGAGGAUGUCAUUUCGCCCAGCCUGUCCGAGCUUGUCUACGGUUCUCUCGUGGAUGACGCCUGCAGCGAUUCUCCUGCAGAUGAUGACUCGGAUUCCGAGCGCGAUUCCUCGGUACGUUAUUAUGACUCGGCCGUCAACUCCGCCGAAGACUCGAUGAAUCGCAUCGCUCAGAAGAAAAAUGCGGACUCCUUUGAAAAGAUGCUCUGCGCCGAUGUAACCAAGGCGAUGGAGGUGUUUUCUGGCGUGAAGUCAAAUAUGCCGGUGCUUCUGCGGAACGUGAUGGCGUUUCUGAGAAAAUUAGGAUACAAUGCUGCUAUCUGCAAGACGAAGUGGGAGAGCUCCGGCGGACUAAGUUCCGGUAACUACGAGUUCAUUGACGUUCUACGGUUCCACCCGCCGAAUCGGAGCACGAGAUACAUCGUAGACCUAGAUUUCGCAACGGAAUUCGAGAUCGCGAGGCCCACCGCUCGGUACGAGCACGCUGUACGGUCAAUACCCAGGGUUUUCAUUGGUAGGAGCGAGGAGUUGAAGCAGGUUUUGAAGGUGAUGAGCGACGCGGCGAAGCGAUCGUUGAAGAGCAGAGGUCUGUUGCUUCCGCCGUGGAGGAAGCACCGGUACAUGCAGAACAAGUGGCUUGGCGCGUACAAAAGGACGACUAAUAUAGCGCCGGUUUUUCCACAGCCGUCGCCGUUGAUGCAAAAACUAACCGUUAAGUGCCGUUCUGUUGGCUUUGAUGUGGUAGCUGUUAGUUAAGUUAAGGCUGCUUUGUUGUUUAACGCAACCGCCUGGACAAUAUCACAAUAAUGCAUCCAACCCAAACUAAUCAAAAUGAUGCACGAUAAUCUUACUUGUAAAUUAGCUACAUAAAAGAAUUAGAGGUUUGCUGAGUAAAUUGCUAAAUCUUCUUAUUUGAUUGACUUCA